AUGACGACUGUCCUCCGACGCCGCCGCGCCGGUCGCGGGCGCCAGGGUCACCGGGCAGCGAUGGAAGGAGCGGUGGCACUGUCGCCAGUGGAGCGAGGAGGGGGGCUGUACACAGCGAGAUUGGGGUGCGCAGGGAUCAGCGGAGGGACAGCUCCCAGGGGCGUUCGUUGUGAGUGGGCGGGAAAUGUGAAGGGAAUUGGCCGGCAGGAACGGUGGGGCCGCCGCCCAGUCGCCUACCAGGAAGACUUAGCCGAGGGCAAGAUGAUGGUGUUGGGAGAAGAAUCUGCUGAAGUGGAGGCGAUACAAAUUGGAGAUGAGACGAGCAAGUGUGCCAUUGUCCUGGUGUUCUAUGAUGAUGAACCUGUGGACUUUAUUACUGAGCUCAAGCUCUACAUGAACAGAGUGGUCCAGGACUUCACAACAUGCAUCAGCAUGGUCAUGGGGGAUUUUCCAGGUCAUGUCCUUCCUGGAACACUUUUCUUUGUCAUAAGUCUUUGGUGGAGUAUAAAGCACAUUCUGGAGCAUGUUUGUCGACAGCAAAAGAGGUCUUCCUCCCUUAUUACCAAGGAAUUCUUCUUUCGAGCAGAAAUUGUGGAAGGAAUUGUGAUUACUGGCGUGGUAUUAGUAGCUUUUAUUUUCCACAAUCACACACAUGGCCGGACCUUGGUGGACACCUUUGGGCACCAACUGUUGAGCUUCGCUAUAUUUUUGGCAGGUCUGGUUGCCUUUAUAGAAUUAUUCACAAAGAACAAUGUAGUUCUGGCACUCCUGAGAUCGAGCUUUAUCAUGCUGCAUGGGCUGUGGUUCUUUCAGGUUGCUUUUGUCCUGUUUCCCAGAAAUAAAGACCAUGCAUGGGACCUGUCUGAUCAUAGCAACGUUCUGUUUUUCACUGUAUGCUUUUGUUUGUAUUAUGCGUUGACCUAUGUCAUCAUUGGAAUUAAUUAUGCUCUUGUUACCUGGUUGGUGAAGUGGAGACUUAGCAAGCUCUGCACCUCAGAAACUCAACUUCUGAAAAAUCUUGAACAGCAAGAAGAAUCAGAAGAUGAAAUGUGA